CGGUGGCAGCAGUGGCCGGCAUCUGCGGCGGGCGGCCAUGGCGGAGGCCGGCGGCGACGACGUCCGCUGCGUGCGGCUGAGCGCCGAGCGGGCCCAAGCACUGCUGGCCGACGUGGACACGCUGCUGUUCGACUGUGACGGCGUGUUGUGGCGCGGAGAAACCGCGGUGCCCGGCGCGCCGGAGGCUGUGAGGGCGCUGCGGGCCCGCGGCAAGCGCUUGGGCUUCAUCACCAACAACAGCAGCAAGACGCGCGCCGCCUACGCCGAGAAGCUUCGGCGUCUGGGCUUCGGCGGCCCCGCGGGGCCCAGCGCCGGCCCGGAGGUGUUCGGCACGGCCUACUGCGCCGCGCUCUACCUGCGCCGCAGGCCGUGGGCGUCGCCAGCGUGGGCGUGGGGCCCGAGCCGCUGCGGGGCGACGGCGCCGCUGACUGGCUGGCCUCGCCGCUCGACCCCGAGGUGCGUGCGGUGGUGGUGGGCUUCGACCCGCACUUCAGCUACAUGAAGCUCACCCAGGCCGUGCGCUACCUCCAGCGGCCCGGCUGCCUGCUCGUGGGCACCAACAUGGAUAACCGGCUCCCCCUGGAGAACGGCCGCUUCCUCGCGGGUACCGGCUGCUUGGUGCGCGCGGUGGAGAUGGCCGCCCAGCGCCAAGCCGACAUCAUCGGGAAGCCCAGCCGCUUCAUCUUCGACUGCGUGUCCCAGGAAUACGGCAUCGACCCGGAGCGCACGGUCAUGGUCGGGGACCGCCUGGACACCGACAUCCUCCUUGGCGUCACCUGCGGCCUGAAGACCAUCCUGACCCUCACGGGAGUCUCCACGCUGGGGGACGUGAAGAGUAAUCAGGAAAGUGACUGCAUGUCUAAGAAGAAAAUGGUUCCUGACUUCUAUGUUGACAGCAUAGCCGAUCUCUUGCCCGCCCUUCAAGGUUAAAGAUUUAGUGUCUUUAAUCUCCAGAAUAAAAGUAAUUGAAAACGUUAGCCAAAUUAAUAGGUGGGGCUUAGGCAUUGGCUCAGCGAUGUGGCCGAAGAGUGUAAUUGGAGUUAAGUGGAGGCAGUAGUUGUUAGCCUUGUAAGUAAACGUUUCGGGGACGAUGUUGUUUACAGAUGCUUAUAUUUUAAUUUAAGAUGCACUUUUUAAGCUUGGAGGGCAUCGUAGGGGUGGGUCCUGGGCUUUGGAUGUGUUGGCUAGGGCAGGCUUGGCACCUGUCCAGGAUUCAGGUAACCUCAGGCCUUGCAGGUCUAGAGGUGUGUGUCAUGUAUUUAAAAGUUUUGUUCAGGGAUCAAGCCCUCUUGGAGGGCAGAGAAAAGAAGGGCCUGAUUAUUGUGACUGUUGUGACACCCUUGUGCAGACAGGAGGUCCUCUGUGCCCCCCCUCCCCGGAGUGUGGUAAUGCAGCAGAGCUGUCGGCUGCUGCUGUGUCCCAGCUCCUUAUCUGCAGGGAGUAAGAAGGCCACUCCUAAGUGGUGUCAAUCUGUCCUUGAGUGUGGGGUGCUGCCCUUGCCACCCCUCCUGUUUCCUUUGAAAACCACUUUGAUGUCACAAUGUCUGUUCCGUUUCAGAUGCCCCGGGCUGCAGCUUCUCAUACACAGCUGCCCCAUUCUGUAAACUCAGCCCAGAGCCCAGCUAAACUUCGACUGUCUCAAGUAUGCAUUAAAAUCCAGGUGACUCAGACAGGCGGGUAUGGACACCUUCACUGAACUCUGGGCUACUAUGCAGGGAGCUCAGAGCAGUGUUGGUACCAAAAAAAAAAAAAAAAAAAAAAAAA